UUACGUCACCUCCUCCUUGUUUGGCGUUUACGUCGGUUACGUCACAGCUGUCUCGCGCGGCGGCGGUUGGAGAUGCUCGCGCUGGGCUAGUGUGUUUUCGCGCUAAUUUGACGCGACAAUGAGCGGCUAACGGAAACAAUCAAACACCGACUGAUUGAAUCAAACAGGAGGACGCCUGCUGCAGGUCGCAGACAUGGGGGCCCUGAUAUCGCGGUGGAAGGCGAAGCCGACCACAGUAGAGCAGCUGGAGAAAAUCGACAAGGAGAUUAAAGAGCUGGAGGAGUUCAGAGCCAAAAAUCAACGUCUGCAGAAGCUGUGGGUCGGACGCUUGCUGCUCUACUCGUCGGUGCUGUACCUGCUGACGUCUCUGAUCGUGUACUGCCUCUACCUGCCUGAACAAUGGCUGCACAGGAUAGCCAUGGCCCUUCCUUUCUUCGUAUACCCCGUGCUAGUUUGGUUCAUCAGGAAGUUGUUGGUCUUUCUUUUUUCCAAACGCACUGAAAGAAACAAUGAUAAACUUGAAGAUUUAAAAGCUUCCAAGAAAAAGAUUCUGGAGGAAGUGAUGGAGACAGAGACUUACAAGAACGCCAAACUCAUCCUGGAACGCUUCGAUCCUGAAGCUAAGAAGAAAGCUGAGCUGGAGUCGACCCCGGUGCGUCCUCAGAUGACUCCCAGACCAGGACAAGAGAUUCGACAGAGAGGAGUGCCGAUGAAACCGAUGCCGAUGGGCACCCCAGCUGCAAUGGCAAUGACUCCUGUUGGAGCACGGCCUCCACUGGGACCGGGGGGCACACCAGUGGAACCUGUCUCCCUCUCAGCUCCAGGAGGACCACCGGAGAGAUCUGCUCUGUCUGCCUCUGUCCUCCAUGGGCCAGUACCCAGGACCCCCUGCUCCCCUAUUCCAGGUGUAGGUAUGCACCCACCAGGUCCUCCAUUAGAAAGACCCAUCCUACCCAAAGACAGAGGAGUUAUGGACCGAGUGAUUGAGUACCUGGUCGGGGAUGGACCACAGAACAGAUACGCUCUGAUCUGCCAGCAGUGUUUUUCUCAUAACGGCAUGGCUCUGAAAGAAGAGUUCGAAUAUCUCGCGUUCCGGUGUGCCUAUUGCUACUUCAUGAAUCCGGCCAGGAAGACCCGCCCUCAGGCUCCCAGGCUUCCAGAGUUCAGUUACGAGAGGAGGCUGAGAGCAGAAUCCCGCUCCCCUGGACCGACGCCUCGCUCUGGGGCAGACAGAGAGGAGAGUGCACCCCCUUCUGGAGCCACCAUGGCUCCGGCUCCGUGGAAUUUGGUCCACAGUUUCCAGAUCCAGCAGAGUCCAAAGAACCCUCAGAACCGACCUCUGCAGAGUCCAGAUGAGAAGGACUUGGCUGAAGACGAAGGACUCACCAAUGAUGUAGAAGGUGAGAGCCAAUCAGAGGAGCAGCCACAGCAGCAGCAGGUGGAGGAGGAAGAAGGAGGAGGAGGAGGAGGAGGAGGAGAAGAAGAAGUGGUUCAGAAGGAGGAGGAGGAAGAGAUGGAGACGGAGCCGAGUCACAGCGCCCCCUGUGAGACUGAACCUCAGCCGUCGUAGUCUCUCAGAGUCCAGAAGAGGACGGAGGACGUCUGAUCGCUCCGUCCUAAUGAAAAAAAGGUGUCGGCCAUGAUAGACGGGUGGUGUUUUAAAGCAAUAUGUGUGGACGAGGACGGUCACCUCCAACCAGAAACUCCACCAUGUUUCUGUCUCUCGCCAUCGUGCAGAGACGAUAAUGCAGACGCGUGUUCUUCAUGAGAUCUAAAUUUAGUGUCAAACUGUCCAAUAAUAUUGUCUUAGUAACGCCAACAUAUCAUGGCCUCUCAGACGUUUGAUGGAGGAAGGUGGAGGACUGUAGCUUCUUGAUAGAAUUAGUCGGCUGCUGCUGCUCAUUUCUCAGUAUUUAUGAUUUACACGAUAAGAUUCUUUUUAGGUUUGAAGUUAAAGACUUGAUGAGUUUAGAUUUUAGGCGCUGGUUUGUCCUCGAGUGCAGAAACUGAAACAUCCGUAUAGACACGUCGAGUAUCUGAAGACAAACCAGCCGUGGACUGUCAUCAGCUGUUUACAGAAUAUGUUAAGUUAAUCCCACGUAAACACUCUUCGAACAUUUCGCACUGACGCUUUUAUCCUGCUGACGUUUUUAUGUGUUUUAAUGUUUUAUGAGCUCGUCACAGAGCGCACAGACGAGAUAACGGAGCUGAUGUUCUGAAGACCACUCAUGCCUUGUUUCUUCUUUGUUGGUGAGAUUAGACACAGCUGAAGUGUGUGUGUGUGUGUGUGUGUUUAUAAUAAUGACUUUGUGUUUCAGUUUAUUUCCUAUAACUCGUCAGCUUCAGUGCAGCUUUAGUGCUAACAAUGAACGAACUGAAAACUGCCGACUCGUCUCAAUCAGCUCGUUGCCAAUCAGCCGGCUCACCCGUUUGCCAAAUCUCCGUCUGUCUCCUGACUCCAUUUGCACUAAGUUUGUAUUUAUUCGGCCACGUUGUGUUUGAGUCUUCGGUUGACAGCUGUUUGAAACAACAGGCCUGAUUCAUUGAAGUGUUUGUCCGUUCGUUUGAAGACGUCCCAGCCGGUACCCGGUGCCAUCGUAAAGCCCGCUUUGGUUGAUGCUGAGUUUACAGUGUAGCCUGACGUAUGUUCUGUUAUUAAAUGAUGAGUGUCUAUGCAAAUGAAAGUGUCACCGCGUUGAAUCCUGUUUAACAUUUUGUUUCUGUGUGACUUUAGUUUUUAACCUCACGACGACCUUCAGAUGAUUCAAGCUGUCCGUAAAGUUUUGGGCUCGCCUUCUGAAUAUUUAUUGAAUGUUGAGACUCCGGCAUGAAUUUAAAGUUGCUCCACUCUCUCCUGAACGCAGCUUUGACAUUUUGACUCUGUCCACCAGGCAGCAGCAUUGCAUCAUGGUACCUGUACCAAGCUUUGUAUCGCCCCCGGUGACACGUUGAUCCUCUUUGUACUUUGCUACAUUUAUCCGUUACACUUUUGCCUUUGCUGGUUGUCAUCAAGUGUGUGCAUGGCACGCCUAAUAAAGUUUUUCAACAAAGGAA